AUGGAUAAAUCAUGGAUGAAUGCUGAUAGAAGGUCACGGAAGUUUGAGGUAGGAGUAGGACAGUUUCUGAAAUUUGCCUCUGCUAAUGCCAACAACAAAGCAAAAAUACGUUGUCCUUGCCUAAAAUGCUGCAGUACUGAUGGAUUUUCCAUUGGAGUUGUUAAGGACCAUAUUUUUUGGAAUGGCAUUGAUAGUAGUUAUAAGCAUUGGAGGUGGCAUGGAGAACAUAGUAUAGCUGCCAUUUCUGGCAAUAGAAGAGGGGAAUCUGAAACUGUAGAUUGGGAUGGGGGUAGUAGGAUGGGAGAGAAUGAUGUAGAAGGAGAGAGUGAGGAUGAGGAGAUUUCAGAAGACUCAAAUGAGUUUCUGAAGUAUGUGCAGGAUGCCGAUAAGCCUUUGUACCCUGGUUGUACCAAGACAACCAAGUUAAAUGGUCUGAUUCAAACAUUCAAUCUGAAAGCAAAGCAUGGAAUGACUGAUUCCUGCUAUUCUGACAUGCUGAUAAUGAUCAGGGGUUUGCUUCCUGAAGGAAAUGAGGUUCCUGCAUCUUUAUAUGAGGCAAAAAAAUCACUUAGUGCAUUAGGUAUGGAGUACCAUAAGAUUCAUGCUUGUCCAAAUGAUUGCGUCUUAUAUAGACAGCAGCAUGCAGAUGCUAUUAUCUGCCCCACUUGUGGUGCUUCAAGGUGGAAAUUAGGCAAGGAUAAAACUGAAAAAGUAGGGAUACCUGCCAAGGUUUUAUGGUACUUUCCACCAAUCCCGAGGUUCAAACGGUUUUACCAAUCGGCCAUUACAGCUAAGAAUCUGACUUGGCAUGAUUAUGGCAGAAAGAAAGAUGGAAUGAUGCAGCAUCCAGCUGAUUCCCCGACUUGGGAUUUAGUUGACAAGAAAUGGCCGGAAUUUGGUAGUGAGCCUAGGAACCUUCGACUAGCCCUCUCAUCUGAUGGGUUUAAUCCUCAUAGUUCUCUAAGUAGCAGGUACUCUUGCUGGCCGGUUAUACUUGUGACAUAUAAUCUUCCGCCAUGGCUAUGUAUGAAGAGGAAGUAUAUGAUGUUGACGCUGCUGAUCUCCGGACCAAAACAACCUGGUAAUGAUAUUGACGUAUAUCUACAACCUUUAAUAGAUGAUCUAAAAGUCUUGUGGGAUGGGGUUGAGGGAGUAUAUGAUGCCUUCAGAGGGGAAUACUUUAAACUAAGAGCUAUACUCCUCUGGACCAUUAAUGAUUUUCCCGCUUAUGGGAACUUGUCAGGCAGCAUUGUGAAAGGAUACAAUGCUUGUCCGAUAUGCGUUGAUAAGAGUGGACCAUAUAGGUUGAAGAAAGGUAAUAAAAUGUCAUUCAUGAGGCAUCGUCGAUACCUACCUAGACAUCAUCCCUAUCGAAAACAGCGUGCUGCUUUCGACAAUACAGUAGAGGAGGAGCUUGCUCCUGUACCAUUAACCGGAGAGGAGGUGUUUGCUAGAGUAGAGGGUAUGAACUGUGCAUUUGGCAAAAAGUGUCGUCCUGCAAAGAGUGUUGAAGACCAAAGCAGGCCUUGUUGGAAGAAGAAGUCAAUUUUCUUUGAACUAGAGUAUUGGAGAUAUAUUCCUGUACGACACAAUCUCGAUGUAAUGCACAUUGAGAAGAACUGUUGUGAUGCUAUCAUUCGUACAUUGCUAAACAUUCCCGGGAAGACAAAGGAUGGGGUUGCUGCUCGUUUAGACAUGGUCGAAAUGGGCAUUAGGACUGGUUUGAAUCCCAAAAUUGGUGCCAAAAGAGACAAGUUACCUUUAGCUAGUUGGAAUUUGCUGCUAAAUGAAAAGAAAAUAGUUUGCAACUCUUUUUUCAAUAUGACAGUGCCUGUGCGGUUUUCCUCAAAUGUUAGGAGCCUUGUCUCUAUGGAUGAUUUAAGACUUGUUGGUCUUAAAUCGCAUGAUUGUCACACUAUCAUGCAAAUUCUGCUCCCUGUUGCUUUACGAUCUGUUCUUGAGAAGCCUGUUAGGUAUGCAAUCAUUCGCUUCUGCCUAUUCUUCAAGGCUAUAUGUGCCAAAGUGAUUGAUGUUUCCAAGCUACAAAAAAUGCAAGCAGACCUAGUUAUUACAGUUUGCUUGCUUGAGAAGUACUUCCCACCAUCCUUUUUCGACAUCAUGAUUCAUUUGACUGUGCAUCUUGUCCGAGAUGUAGAGCUUUGUGGUCCAGUAUUUUUUCGAUGGAUGUAUCCAUUUGAGAGAUACAUGAAAGUGUUCAAAGGAUGGGUGAGAUGUCGUAGGCACCCUGAAGGGUGCAUAGCAGAGUGUUAUAUUGUCGAAGAGGCUGUUGAGUUUUGUGCUGAACGUAUGCUUGAUGAUGCUGGUACUGCUGGAAUCCCAGAAAGUAGCAAAGCAGAAUUUCGGAAUGCAUCCAAACCGCUAUCAGGUGCUUCCAUGAUUUCUGUUUAUGGAAAAGAAAUGCAUCAAGCACAUCUUUGUGUAUUGCAGAAUACGGAGGAUGCGUUGCCAUAUUUUCUGUAA